GCUUUUACCCCACAACGUCUACCCUCUAGAGGUACACACCCCCUACUCUAUGUUGGAUGUGUAGCUAUGUCGUUGACUCCGCAGCAGCUACCGCUCAACAUAAAAGAGAGCCGAGCAUCAGUUGUGUGUGGACGGUGUUGGAAGCGUUAAAAUGUAAAAUUACGCGAUCCUGAGUAAAACGAGUGAUCAACACGUAGAAAAAUUAUGUGAUGUAGUCCUUAACGUUGCUAUAACAUCUCUUGCUGACAAAAAAUAAAAAUAAUUUGAAUAUCGAAAAAAUUUCCGUGAUGUGAUUAUUAAUCAGUAGCAGGUUCCUGCUGAAGUAGUACCAUUUGGUACUACGUCACGUGGCUAAAGACAAUGUUGAAAUAAUUUAGAUUGUCUUUAGUGUGUGUGUAGAAAAAAAUAUCGAUUAACAAUGGAUGAUAGCUCGCCAGAUUUGAGUCUUAAGCUAAGACGAGGAUCUAGCGAUUCGAGAGAUUCGUUUUAUAUGGAUUUUGAUAAAGGAAUCGAUUCGGAUAUUGAAGAAAUGGCAACUACUUCCGCUGCUGACCUCGGGGACACGACUGCGGAUACCACAGCAACCCCCACUGCUUUAGGGUACGGAAAAACUGAAGGCGAAAGUUGGCCAACGAUACCGCCCCAAAAUAUGAGUGGGGGCAGUCGGAGUAGUGCACUUGGGGGUGGCGACCCUUUACUACCAUCUCCAGCAUCCCCUUCUGCCGUCAUAGUAUCACCAGAAACGUUGAGUCAUCAUUCUUCUCCGUCAAAAUCCACCAAACAAACUGCACACGUCCAAAUUGCUUCACCCCCGAAAACUUUGUCACCUGGACCACUCGCCGUGGCGCCCCUAGGCUACCAUCAGCAGUUUCCAGUCAUGAGAAGGCUUUCACGUGCGGAAAAACAGAUUGAAUGGAGACAACUCGGAGCGGACGCCCUGGCGACGACUUUGUCGGCUCUGUACGGGAAAUUAUUGGUGGUGAUGGGAACAGCAUUUCCUAUGGCGGAAGUUAUUUCAACGUAUGUUCCUCCUUCGUUCUACGAAGCGUACUAUCUUUAUCUCUAUAUUGGAAGCAUGUUUUUCCUCCUCUACAUGUACACCGUGCUUCUCCGAGAUAAAAGAAAAAGGAAACGAGUUGCAGAAGCUAAUAACAAAACCUCGAAAAGUAAGGAAGAAAGUAUUUCAGAUGAAGAGUCUGAUAAUGAUACGGGGGAAACGAGUGCUGAUACGGUCAGUUCACAAAUGUAUAAUCGCCCGAGAAGGAGCUCUUUACCUACAGUUACCAAACAAAACCACUAUGGAAGCUUUUAUCUACGUAUGGGUGCAGUUGCUUUCGGAAUCGGAAGUAUGAUUUACUCCGGACUCGAAUUUGGACAAUACUUUGAACUCGAACGAGACACCAAAUGCCAUAACGUCCUCCUAGCAUUAACACCAGCCACUCGCAUGGCUUUUAUUUUUAUCCAAAUGUAUUUCAUUUUUUUGAAUAACGAGCAAAUGCGAGUUUACAGGCACAAAGUCGCUGCAAGAUUCGGCUUAAUGCACAUGAUCGGGACUAAUCUUUCCGUUUGGUUGAAUGUCUUAGUUCAAGAGACCAAACACGAGAUUUUAACGUUCUACAACCCGGAAAAUAACUCGCUCCGGAUCUCGCAUCGGAUUCCUUACAAAAACAAUAUUUUGGGACUCCCGGCAGUCCCAAUGGACCAUCCACCGGAAGCCCACGGCCACCAUAUUGUAGCAAGGGGGCUCAAAGGACCACACCACCUCUACGAGUGCAGACGUACCAACAUUAUAGGGUCACUAGUUCAAGAUGCUUCACCUUUCCUUUUUCCUUGUACCAUCGAAUAUAGUCUAAUUUGUGCCGCAAUUUUAUAUGUCAUGUGGAAAAACAUAUCGAAGUUGCCAUUAACUGGGGUUAGGGCUAAGAGUGACCUUUCGGCAUACAAACGGAGCCCUCAUCACUAUUCAGUUGAUUGCGCAAGGGCCCACAAAGGGCUUUUCGUUGGGAUUCUCCUCCUAGUCCUUACAAUCAUAUCUCUGAUUUUAUUCUUUGUCCUGAUAUCUCGGUCAGAGUUUGUUGGUUUGGCGGUAAUCGAAGUGAAUAUUUGCGAGUUGACACUUUAUGGUUUGACCACUCUGGCAUCCAUAAUUGGUAUGUGGCAGGUCCGCCAACUCAAAUACGACGGCAGCAAGAAUUUACAAUUAGACAACAUUCUCUUAAUUGGUGCCCAAACUGGAAUGUUUAUUUACAGCACGUUUACAAUAAUCGGUGGUCAGUUCACGAUUCAGCGAAACACUGUUUUGGUCCUCGUGACUGCUUUAGCUUCCCUUUUGCAAACUACAUGUCAAACAAUAUUUAUUCUAGAUGCGUCUAGGCGCAGUUGUGUCACUCCGGAGCAAAUUCGGCGGAAACCCGGGCGCCAAAUCGUCACUUUCCUCCUUGUAACCAAUUUGGCAAUGUGGGCUAUUAACACACUGGAGAAAUCCCGGGCCGAGUCGCAUCCCAUCCAAUUGCAUUUUUACGGGCUGUGGGCGUGGACUAUCAUAACACAUGUCUCAAUGCCAUUGGCGAUUUUUUAUCGGUUUCAUUCAACUGUUUGCUUGUGUGAGAUUUGGAAGCGCGCUUAUAAGAUCAAACCGACUUAUAUGUAGCGGUUUGUGGUAAUCUAGUCUUGGCUUUUUUCUUGUUUGAGACUGAAGUGGCAAGUAUGGUCGAUGUUGUAUGUGAGAUUAAAGCUUCGUUUAUUGAUCAUGAAAGUCUAGUUUCAAGUAACGUAAGUCGUCUUUAAUUAAAUCUUGUAUUUUAUGACAGUGUAUUACGAGUGUGUGUUACAUAACUUAUUGGUAGUUGCAAGACUUCACGGAACCGGAUAUGCAAGAAUUUUCUGCGAUUCCCUAAGCGAUCAUUCUAACCUAGAGUAGUUUUUACAUAUCCUAAAUAUCCCGUAGCAUGAGUUACAAGACUGACUCCCGGAAAUGCUCAAAAUUAGUUGGUUUAGUUCAUAUUUUUGGAGAGAUUUUUAAUACGCCUAAUUGCUUAAGUGAAGAGUUACAUCCACCGCAGUCACAAAUUAUAUUAUAGUUCGAUAUAAAGGCCCUUUAAUUGCUUUGUAGUCUAGUAACAGAAGUUUGAUCAAUGCAGGGUUAACAAUGUUCAAACAAUAAUUAAUCUUUUCGGACAUCAGAUCUACACCAAAAACUAUUUUCAUAUUAGUGUUUGUAGGAGUAGUCAACCCAUCUUCAUAUCUAACCUUUUUAUACCUCUCACAUUUUACACAUUUUUAUAGCAAUUUACAAAGCCGUCUUCCUUUAUGAAAUAGUUGUUAAAGUACAAACUUCAAUUUUGUCCUGCCUAUUUAAUACAAAAUAAGCACCUUAGUACCACUUACACUUGGCUCAAUAGCUUUUUAAUUACAAGUACAAUGGAUGUUUAGAAUUUCUCGCAACAACGAGAUUUUUGUUAAAAUUUUUGUUGAUGAUCUCGUUGACUAAUAAUCCUUUGUUAUGUACAAAUUUUUGGGAACAAUAUUUUGUAGUUUAUAAAAAUUAGAUGCAUCAUAACGAUUUUGAUAAUAAGGUAUUAUGUAAGUGUCAUGUACAAAGUGGGUCAAAAAGAAGAAAUAUACCUUGUCGAUAAUUAUAUAUUCAAAAUAGACCCACUUUACACAGACCGAUUUAGUCUAGUUUUAAAUGUUACAUUUGUGUAUUUAUUUUAGAAAAAAUUAAUGGUGCCAAUCAGAAAUGCUUUUAGCCAUAUUUUAAGUUAUGUUUGUUAUUUUGUGCCAUAUUAGUUUAGAAAUUUGUAAAUAAUUUAUUCGCAAAUUAUUUGUUAUCCAUUUACAAUUUUAUUGUAUAUAGCCAUCAUUUGAUUUAUUUAAAUGUUAAUUUUAAUUGCAAGUUAUUUACUAAAUGUAUCGUAAUAAUAAUAAAAUAUCAC